AUGAGUUUUAUUUGGGAUUGGGUUUAUGGUUCUGUCUCAAAAGUUCUCAGUUAUCUUGGUUUGCGGCAGAAAAAUGGAAAGCUUGUCUUUUUGGGGUUAGAUAACGCUGGAAAGACUACACUCCUUCAUCGUUUGAAAGAUGAUCGUAUGGCUCAGCAUGUUCCUACCCUACACCCGACCUCUGAGGAGUUGUCGAUUGGUGGGAUGACUUUUACUACGUUUGAUCUCGGUGGUCAUGAACAGGCAAGGCGUGUAUGGAAAAACUACAUCCCUGCUGUUGACGGGCUUGUCUUCAUGGUGGAUGCAUAUGAUCGAAACAGGUUCUUAGAGUCUAAAAAGGAGUUGGAUAAUCUACUUCAGGACGAGCAAAUAGCCCAUGCACCUAUACUAAUACUUGGGAAUAAAAUAGAUAAGCCGGGUGCCGCCAGUGAAGAAGAAUUACGAUAUUUCUUGGGAUUACAGGGAAUCACAACAGGAAAAGGAGUAAUUCAGAAAUCCCAGAUACCCACAGGAAGACCCAUAGAACUGUUUAUGUGCAGCAUUCUAAAACGACAGGGAUAUGGUGAGGCGUUUAAUUGGCUUGCCCAAUAUCUUGAUUAA